GUGGCCCCCAUCUCUUUGAAACUUAUUCCUCCCACCGCGUUGUCAUGUUUAAUGCCUUCAACGACGUGGACAACUUGUCUUGAAUCUUCCAGUACAGACUUUUGUUUGUGUUACUGCCUUAUCACAAACACGAGCGCGUACGAUAAACUAUCGCAAUUGCUGAAGACGAGCAAUUGCCAGCAUCGAGCACCACGUUGGCCUUUAGAUAGCUACAGGAGCUUACCUACCCACACCCAUUUCGAGCCGCCCAACUACGCGAUACAUAUAUCCCCCCCCCCUCGAAAGCAUUCAAGUAGUAGUUUGCCAUUUAUAGGCACCGAAUCCUGCCUACGGGCUACAAGUCAAGAUGGGGGUAUCCGUUAUUGACGAGCAACGCGACAUUAUUAUAGAUACAAUCAAGCAUAUCACUUCUGGAGAUUGGAAAGUUCUAGUUGUCGACGGCGAAUCCAAGAAAAUCAUCGACAAUGUCGCCAAGGAAGAUGAUAUUCUUAAUCAUAACAUUGCGAACAUCGAGCGCAUCGAAGACCGAAGAGAAAAGAAUCCGACAAUGGAUGCUAUAUACAUCCUAUCGCCCCUACCACAUAUUGUAGAUUGUCUCAUGGCGGACAUUGAACAACGGAGAUAUCAACGAUGUUUCUUAGUAUGGACAACCGUGCUUGACCCCCAAUUACGAAGGCGAAUAGACAGUUCCGCUCUAGCAAAGCAAGCUAUAGCAGGUUUCGAGACUCUAUCGAUUGACUACUUUCCCCGCGAAUCGCAUCUUAUUACAUUUAGGGAUCCAUGGAGUUUCCCAAUUCUAUACCACCCAGCUUGCAAUGGACUCAUAAGGAAGCACAUGCAAGACUUAGCUCAAAAGAUCACUGGGUUAUGUGUGACCUUAGGCGAGUAUCCCAAGGUUCGCUAUUACCGACCCCAGAAUCCGAUACACGAGGCUAGUGUGUUAUCCUCGCACCUUGCUCGUUUUAUAUCUGAAGAAUUGGACGAAUAUGCCCAAUGGAACCCCAACUUCCCACCGCCAAGCUCGCGACCGCAAGGUGUCCUCAUAGUAACGGACAGAUCGAUGGAUCUAAUGGCACCCCUAAUACACGAAUUUACAUAUCAAGCAAUGGCACACGACCUACUACCAAUUAAGGACGGCGAUAAGACGACAUUUCAUAUGACCGUCAAUGAAGGAUCUGAGGAAGCUGAAGAGAAGGAUAUGGAGCUUACUGACAAGGACAAAGUAUGGGUUGAGAACCGACAUAGGCAUAUGAAGGAUACGAUCGAUAAGUUGAUGAGUGACUUUCAAAAGUUCCUUGAUCAGAACCCACAUUUCACUGACUCAAGCAGCGACGCCACCAGUCUUAAUGCCAUCAAAGACAUGAUGGCGGGGCUGCCACAGUUUCAGGAGAUGAAGGAAGCCUAUUCUCUCCAUCUUACGAUGGCACAAGAGUGUAUGAAUAUCUUCCAGCACCAUAAAUUGAACGAGAUGUCGCCAACAGAACAGGAUAUGGCCACCGGUCUCGACGAAGAUAACCGGAAACCGAAGAAUGUCUUGGAUACAGUCGUUCGGCUACUGGACGACGAUGCUGUGACGCAGUCCGAUCGUCUCCGCCUCAUAGUAAUGUAUCUUCUUUACCGGGACGGUGUAAUCCCUGAAGAUAUCAAGAGGCUAUUAGCACACGCCUCUUUACCGCCUCAAGACGGCGAGGUUAUUUCCAAUAUGGAAUUGCUUGGCGGUCGUAUGACUCACGGCCUUAAGGAUGUUCGUAAAGAUUUACGACCCCUAUUCCCUAUCGACACCAAGGCACCUAUUGCCGAAGAUAAUUACAUGUCACGGUUCAACCCAGCUGUGAAGACUAUGUUGGAGUAUUUAUGCAGGGGAGCCUUAGACCAAACAGCAUUCCCUUACGUCAAACCACCGCUUGACCCUAAUGAAGAUGCGCUCAUUGGUCAGGGAUCUUUGCGAGCGGCAAAACCUAGUUGGGCCGGUGCUGGUAGGCGUGUUGUGGAUAACAAGCAACGUAUCAUCGUUUUCAUGGCUGGCGGGGCUACUUUCUCCGAGUCGCGCGCAUGUUACGAGGUCGGUGCGGCAAUGAACCGCGAUGUUUUCUUAGCGACUAGCCACAUGCUCAGUCCGCAGCUAUUUGUACGACAAGUAGGCGACUUAAGUGUUGACAAGAGACGCCUCGAUAUACCUAUGGAGAGACCAGCCCCAAGAGCACCGGCACAUUUGUUUGAACGACCUGCUCCACCACCUAUGGGUAUGCCACCAGGACCUCCGGGUGGACAACGGCCACCUCCAGGAGGGGCUCAAAGAGUACCAGGACGAGCACCCCCCGGGCCCGGAGGGCUACCAGGUGGGCCACGGCUAGGUGGACCAUCCCCUGCCCCACCAACACAAGCCAUGAAUAAUAUGUCGCUUCACACCUCAAGGCCUUCAAACGCAAGCGAUCAGAGACCCGCGUCAUCAAAUGACGGCAAGCCACAUAAACUGGAGAAGGAGAAAAAGAAACGUAAUAUCUUCGGCAUGAAGAAAAGUUGAAGAGGGUAUAGACAUGUGUAUUUCGACCCAGACGUCACGAUAUAUAGGCCUAUUAUGGGAGAUAUCCAAGAUCAGUACUUUAAAAGACCGGGUGAUGCCUCGCUCUCCCUUGGCUAUGGACUGGCCGACUGCUUGGAGAUAGUGUGUUGGAUUUAUAAAGCAUGCGCAUACCCGAAAUAACUAGAGCAUGGCGUUUGAGGAGUUGGCUUCUGGUUGUUGCAAAGGGGACGCCGAGAGAGCAAGCGUUGUGUUGAGUUACGUUAUUACAUAGAAAUGCUGAAAAGCCAGAAGUAAAUCAAGAGCGGAAUUACUCCAAACCAAUGUUAUAUGUACGGAGCAGGUGCAUGCGAAACAUCUAAGCUGAAGAAUAUGCUAUUUAGACCCUAGCUUACUGAAUUCACCAGUUUUCCUAU